UGGCACAUGUUUUUUUCGUUUUGUUUCGAUUCAUUUUUUUUGUCAAUUUAAUUUGGAUUUCGACAAAUUUUUUGUUUUUGGAUCAGAAAAAAAUGGCUAAAAUGAAUAAAUUGAUUUCUUCUUCAAGAAGAAAGGCCCGAAGUCGUCAUUUUAAUGCACCAUCUCAUAUUCGUCGCCGGAUUAUGAGUUCACCAUUGAGCAAAGAUUUACGACAAAAAUAUGGUGUUCGAUCGAUGCCCAUUCGAAAAGAUGAUGAAGUUCAGGUUGUUCGUGGUCAUUUUAAAGGAACACAAUUCGGUAAAGUUGUUAGCGUUUAUCGUUCAAAAUAUGUUGUAUAUAUUGAACGUGUUCAACGUGAAAAAGCAAACGGUGCUACUGUUUAUGUUGGUAUUCAUCCAUCAAAGGUUUUGAUUGUCAAAUUGAAAAUGGAUAAAGAUCGUAAAAAGAUUCUUGAUAGGCGUGCUGCCGGUAAACGUAUUACCGAAGGAAAAGCUAAAGGAAAACAUACGGAAGAAUCGGUGGCUAUGGAAACAUCUUAAAUUUUUUGUUUUUCUUUCGUAACCUUAUUUUGCAAAUAAACAAAUUUUCAAAAAAAGAAAAA